CAAAAAUGCUUUUCUUCUUUACUUAAAAUGUGAAUGUAGGACUGUCGGAGAACAUUUGAAGAGGAGCUCAUUGGGUUUUCUUUCCGAUUCUCUCUCUCCCAACACUUAAUCAUUUAACCCCCACAUCACACCCAUCACAAAAUUCAAACCAAAAUCCAAUCUUGAUGGGUCAAGAAUCUUUCAUCUACAGCUUUGUAGCCAGAGGCACCAUGGUUUUAGCUGAGUACACCGAGUUCACCGGCAACUUUCCGGCUAUUGCAACUCAGUGCCUCCAAAAACUACCCUCUACCAACGGCAAAUUCACUUACAAUUGUGAUCACCAUACUUUUAACUUCUUGGUCCAAGAUGGUUAUGCUUAUUGUGUGGUUGCAAAAGAAUCGGUUGGCAAGCAAAUAUCGAUUGCAUUUCUAGAACGAGUGCGAGCGGAUUUCAAGAAACGAUAUGGUGGUGGUAAAGCGGAUACCGCAAUUGCUAAAAGUCUCAACAAGGAAUUUGGUCCGGUAAUGAAAGAGCACAUGCAGUAUAUCAUAGAGCAUGCGGACGAGAUUGAAAAACUGAUAAAAGUGAAAGCACAAGUUUCGGAAGUUAAGAGUAUUAUGUUGGAUAAUAUAGAUAAGGCCAUCGAUAGAGGAGAAAACCUUGCAAAUUUAAACGACAAGGCUGAAACGCUGCGUGAUUCGGCACAACAAUUUAAGAAAGCAGGCACAAAAAUCCGAAGGAAGAUGUGGUAUCAAAACAUGAAAAUAAAACUAGUUGUUCUUGGUAUACUUCUGCUACUAGUCCUUGUUAUUUGGCUCUCCAUCUGCCAUGGUUUUAACUGCACCAACUGAGAGAGAAUACGGCAAACGCGGUUCCCGAGGCUCCUACGGUGUCGGGCCAAUUGAGAGAGAAUAUAUGAAGAAAGAAAGGCAGGCUAAGAUGAUAUUGUUGUAAAGGUGGCUUAUAUGAUUUAGAGUCUUGAGUGAGAUUAAUUUCUAUUUUAGUUACUUUUUUUUUGGUCUCAAAUUUGUUGUGCUACGAAGUGUGAAAUAUAAAAAUUCAAGUUUCAUGAAAUCAAUUAAUUA